AUGAAGGAAGGACAUUUUCACUCUUCAUCUUCAAAUAUUUUAACAAUUGCGAAAAUGAUUAAGGAAAUAAAAGAAGCAGCGAAAUCGCCUGGAACACCUCAGGUCAUUUAUGAUAGAAUAGUUCCAAUCAACCGUGAUGCUGCUCGCUUUAUUGCAUUACAAAGAGCUGCUUAUAUUAUAACUCAAGAAAGAAAGAGUUAUUGGAUAACUCCUGAUAAAGAAACUUUAGAAAGUUUAGCAACAAAACUGAAAGAACAUCAUCAAUUCAGAGACUAUUUUCAAGAACUACUUUUUCCUGCGACAAAUCAAGAAGGAACUAUCCUUGUAUUUGGCGAUAAGAAUGUGAUUCAACGAAUAAAUAAUGCAAAAGCAUUCUAUAUAGAUGCUGAUUGUUGUCAAAUUAAUGUAGCACGAAUGAUUAUGCCAAAAGAAGAUGAUAAUAUAUUAAAAUUUAAAAAUCAUCGGUACAAAGAACUCGUACCUUUUGUCAUUUAUGCUGAUUUAGAAUGCAUUCUCAAGUCAAUUGAUAAAACAGAGUCUAACGAGCAUAUUCCACACAGUGCUGCAUAUUCAUUUUUGCCAAGCAGUAUUGAUAAACUCUCAUCUGAUUUGAGUAAUGAUCAAAAAAUUAUAACACGCAGUGAAUGUAACAAUGGAUUCUUUGAUUUAUUGUGCAGGAAAGGUGUAUUUCCAUAUGAAUUUAUUGACUCAUGGGAAAAAUUAGAUGAAAAAGCUCUUCCAUCAAAAAAAGAAUUUUUCUCAAAAUUGAAUAAUUCUGAUAUAUCAAAUGCAGACUAUGAACAUGCCAAAAAUAUUUGGGAAAAAUUUGAAAUAAAGACAUUGGGAGAAUAUCCAAAUUUAUAUUUGAAAACUGAUGUUCUUUUGUUGACUGAUAUUUUUGAAAAUUUUCGUUUGAGCUGUUUAUUAACAUACAGCCUAGACGCACUUCAUUAUUUUACUGCACCAGGUCUAGCAUUUGAUGCAAUGUUAAAAUAUACAGGAGUGAAACUUGAACUUUUGACAGACCCAGCAAUGCAUCUUUUCAUUGAGAAAGGAAUUCAAGGUGGUGUUGCACAAUGCAUGAAUCGAUACGCAAAAGCCAACAAUCGGUAUAUGGACAAUUUAAAUAUUGAUGUGACAAAGAUAUCUGAUGAAGCUGAAAUUGGAUAUAUCUUAGAGGUUGAUUUAGAAUAUUUGAAAAAUUUGCAUCAUUAUCACAAAAAUUUACCAUUAUGUCCAGAACUAAAUUUGGGGCUUGGCAUGAAGUUAAAUAAAAUUUAUCGAGUAUUAAAAUUUCAACAAAGCCCAUGGCUGAAAAAAUAUAUAGAUCUUAAUACUGGUAUGCGUCAGCAAGCAACUACUGAUUUUGGUAAAAAUUUUUUCAAAUUAAUGAACAACAGUGUAUAUGGAAAAACAAUGCAAAAUGUGAGAAAGGAAAAAGAUGUGAAAUUGGUGACAAAAUGGGAAGGUCGCUAUGGAGCAAAAUCACUGAUAGCGAAACCAAAUUUUCACAGUUGUUCAAUUUACAAAGAUGACUUGCAAUUAUUGAAAUGUGAAGAGUUAAAAUAG